AUGCAGCGACCACCGCGGCCAGAGCCAACGCGGCUCUCAGCCUAUUUUUUCCAGCAAGUUGUGUCUCACGUCCCACACACCGCAGACCAUCCAGAGGAUGUCGCAGAGGCUCGAGUAAGCAGCGGGCUCCAGCAUCAGUGCAGCAGCUCGCUACGCACAGAAACUUCAACAGCAGUGCCCGCUACCAUCGUUGCAUGCUCGCCGUCCCCAUCACCGCCGCCUUCGCCGUACUUGCCCGGUGUCAAGACUAACGGACUUGACCGCACCGCGGAUACGUCGGCGCUGACCAUGGCCCGCGCCGACGCCGGCGCGCCGAUGCGCGUGACGAACGACGCGGCGACGGACGCAGCACUGUGGCAGUACUUCACCCCGGCGUCGUUCCGGCAUAAAUUCGAGUCCUUCCUACAGGCGGAGAGCGCGCAGACUGAAUCGCUACGCAGCGCAGUGGAGGCGGCGUGGCGCCGUGUGGAGCAGAUCCAGCAGCGCAAUGCAGCCCGCCGCGCCGCGCUGGCAGACGUCCUGGCCAACCCCGACGCGGCGUGGCGGGGGGAGGUGCGGGAGAAGCUCUACUGGCAGGCAAAGGACGUUGUGCAGCGCUACGGGUUCGAGGUGGCUAUGGACAGUGGUACUGGCAAGGCUGGGCAAGCGGACAGGGCGCGUGUCACUCUGGAUUUCUCCGUCGUCCAAAGCGGUGCUCGUGCGGAUCGCCGUAGGAACCACCACGGCGGUGACGCUAAAUCGCCAUCACGCAGCGCGAGCAGCAACAGCAGCAGCGGCGAGGACGAGAAGGAGGGCAAGGAUGGCACCCUCGAGGGUGCAACCAAUGGGUUGAUGUCGGCCUCCCAUCAGCAGCAGCACCAGUCGAUGACAGCAAGUCCGGAUACGCAGAUGACGGCGGACGAUCGACUGAACCCCUACGCCCGCGCGCACUUCCUGCGCCGCAUUUUCGCACCGCUGCAACGGGCGCGGGGUUCGCUUCCCAAGUGGACGACACUGCUGCUGCACGACGUCCACAACGUGCAGAGGGCAGCGCUGCCAGACCUCGAGAAGCGCGUCCAGGAGUCGUUGCUCUUCACGGUGCCGCUGCGCCAGCCCUUUCGCAUUGCACGGGCGGCUCUAGAGUCAUGUGUACAGCAGAGGCGCGCCGCGCCGGAGGUGGAGAUGGCGCAGGUGCCGGUGUAUCGGCAGCUGGAGCAGCAUGGGAGGCUCUGGACUGAUUUCGUGCACGCGCACGAGUCCACCGCAGCGCCGGAAAGGUUGGCGAAGGCGGGUUCUCCGGUGUCAACAAUGUCCUCCGCCGAGGACGAGAUCACCGACUUGGCGCAGCGGGGGGCGACUGCUGAGGCGCUGUGGACGCUGCUCUUCGAGGAGCUGGACACAUGCAAGCUCUUCUUUACAGACGCAAUCCACUGCAGCGACGUCCUCCGCGAGUGUGUUGCCGCAGAGAUGGGCUCGCUGCGGCAGUCCGUACAUACCCACCGCAGUCACUGCGAUACAACAGUGGCGGCCAUGAAGUCUGACUCGGAGGCGUGCGCGGAGAUGAUGAAUCGCAACGGGCAGCGCAUCGUGACGGCGGUGGAAGAAAUGGAAAAGACGUUCAUCUCAGAGCAUGAGCGGCUUCGACAAUCAAUCGCGCAGGGUGAGGCGCUCUUGACGCGGCUCGAGGGGCAACAGGAAAAGAGUGCACGCCGCGCACGAGAAGCGCUCAAAUUGUUCUUCAUGGAGCAACUCAAGUACGAAGAGGUCUCGCAGGCGCUUCUGCAGGACCAUCUCAGUUUGGCGCAGCUGGAGGCGAGCCACGGCCAGCUGCACCAGGCUGUUCAGCUGCGGUACGGCGGCGUGAUGGAGAGCAGGAAGCACGCCGCUGCGCUCGUGCAGCUGCUGGCGGACAGCGACACGGCAGUGAGGCAACUUUUUGACGCCUGCGAGGCGCACUGUCGCCGCGUGGAAACGGAUAACCACUUCACGCAGUGCCGACUUGCGGAUCAGUGCACGCUGGCACUGCAGCAGCACUGUCGCUGCCUGCACGCGAUGACGGCACUGUACGAGCAACGCUACGCCACCCUCGAGGCCCGUUCAGACGACUCAUGGCAGCGGAAGUUUCUGCUCUCCGGCGGGCGCGACUGGGCUGCGGCAAAUCUAAGCGACGUGCGCGUUGAGCUCACGCAGCUGGAGAAAGACUGGCAGAAAGUGUGUGCGCUGCGAGCGGAGCUGGAGCUGGAGCCAACCCAGCUGGACGCGCACGUGCUCACACCCGAGUGGCAGCGACUCAUAUCGACGCUGUGCGACCUCGACGCCCCUCCAUCGCUGCAGCGACGCCUGCCGACACUGCGAACUCACACCUCGACAGUGGCGCGGCCGGCGGCGGGCUGUGGCCAGCAGGCUGUGCGUCACCUUCUCCGCGAUGCAGCGACGGCACACGCGUCGGCGUUCCCCGCACCGUAG